CUGUGCCCAAAGCCCUAAUCGCGCGAGGGCGGAGGAGCGCAAUGUCUGAGGCGCCAGCACCUCUGGUGCGGUCCUUUGCGCAGAUCGCCAGUCAAGAGGAGGUCACAAGCCCUUUGCGCGCUGUCCAAAUCGAUGGCCUUGUGGUGCUCAAGAUCAUCAAGCAUUGCAAGGAAUGUAUGCCGGCGCUCGUGACUGGACAGCUCCUGGGACUGGAUAUUGGAACCACGCUCGAGAUUACAAAUUGUUUUCCAUUCCCGAGCAGAGGUGGAGAAGAGGACGAAGAGCUUGAAUCGGAUGGAGCGAACUAUCAGCUCGAGAUGAUGAGAUGCUUGCGAGAAGUCAAUGUUGACAACAAUACCGUUGGAUGGUACCAGUCGACAUACAUGGGUUCUUUCCAAACUGUGGAGCUAAUAGAGACCUUUCUAAACUAUCAGGAAAACAUAAAACGCUGCGUUUGUAUCAUUUAUGAUCCCCUUAGGUCCAGUCAAGGUGUCCUCGCACUCAAGGCUCUAAGGCUCACCGAUUCAUUCAUGGAGCUUUAUCGCUCCAAUAACUUCAAUGGCGAAAAGCUUCGAGAGAAGAACGUCACCUGGCAAGAUAUCUUUGAAGAAAUUCCUGUCAGAAUAUCAAACUCUGCUCUUGUGAGCGCUCUAAUGACAGAGCUAGAAACCGAUUCACCGGCUACUCAGUGUGACUUUGAUCGACUCGUGCUUUCGACCAAUCCAUUUAUGGAAAAGAACUUAGAGUUCCUCAUAGAGUGCAUGGACGAUCUUUCAAUGGAGCAGCAAAAGUUCCAAUUCUACUAUCGCAAUCUGGCAAGGCAGCAAACACAGCAGCAGGCUUGGCUCCAGAAACGAAGGGCCGAGAACAUGGCGAGAAGACAAGCAGGCGAGGAUCCUCUCCCGGAAGACGAUCCAAACAAUGCGGUCUUCAAGCUGAUUCCAGAGCCGUCUCGUCUCGAUAGCUAUCUCAUCACGAACCAGAUCGCAAACUACUGCAGCCAGAUCAAUGGGUUUGCUGGACAGAGCUUUAGCAAAAUCUAUCUCAUGGAUGCUGUCCACGAAGACUAGCUGCUAGCAAGCAAUUUUGGCGGGGUUUUGGACAUGUAUUGCUACAAAUCAGGCUAUUUUUUUUUUUCUAUGCCAGGUGGCGCAACGAGAAAGUGCCAAAUGUCGCAAUUAAAAGGUCUAUGCCAGGUGGCGCAAUUAAAAAGCGCCAAUUGUCCUCUUGUUUUC